AUGGCUGCGAAUCGCCAACUGCUUCCUACAAUGAUGGAUGAGAGUGGGUCCCAGCUUCACAAGAGACGGAAAAGGAACAAGGAGCGACUCAGGGUCACACGGGCAUGUGACCGCUGUAAAAGGCGAAAGAUCAAAUGCAAUGGGACACAACCGUGCGAAUUCUGUGUUCGCGUCAAGAAUCAAUGCACGUACGAUGCUGCCUAUGCAAGAGGGCGGGCGCCAGACAUCCCGCCCGUGACUGGGAAUGAGAUGCAUGCCACCGGGAUGGAUUCUGAGGAUAAUAUGGUGUCCAACAUCAUGACUUCAUCGUCAGUUGUGCCAGGGACGACCAUUACGAGCUCAGAGUUGGUGGAUCAUAACCUGGCUUCGGACUGUCAGAACAUCUCGUCCACGUACGAAGAAAUCCAAGCGCCGGCAAGGUUGGCCGCUUCAUCUCAACAAACACCAGAGCCUCCACAAGAAGACCUGCAAGGGCAUUACAUUGGACCCGCCUCGGGGGUGUCUUUUCUCUUGAGAGUGCAGAAGAGGCUUCACAAAGCCAUCGAGUUUUCUGCGCCAAGCAGUAUUUUCACAUUUGGGGAUGCUCCCAUUAGCCCGCCUGACUUUGAUCCUUCAUUCUGCAUGGUCCUUCCAAGGGAAGACGGCCAGAAGCUGCUUGACCGGUAUUUUGACUUUGCCAUGCCGACCUACCGGUUCCUUCAUCGGCCUACGUUGCAGGACUGGUUUGAGGAGUUUUAUGAUACUUUGGGCACGAUGCGUGACGUUCACAACGCGACGGCCAAGAUUGCCCUGUUAUUCAUGAUCUUUGCUCAUGCUAGGGUGUACAUGCCUGAGAACGCCAGACCAGGCCCGGCAGAUUUGAGCGUUUCGCUGGGGAGGCCACGCUCCUUUCACGACGAUGAUAUCGAUACCGAACUACCGGCAUGUGUCGAGGAUCAUGAGAUCACAAGGGAAAGUCUUUGCACCUCGUCCAUGAAUAGGGGCUAUUCAAUAAUGCUGGCCCCCGUGGCACACAUGAACCGCCGUGCAGAAGAUACUCAGUCUAUUUCGCAAGACCUUAGUGACUGGCGAGCCGAGCUUUCACGGUUCCUAGAUGCCGACUUCUUUAGCACUUCGCUCAUCGUACCCAUCUUUCAACGCCAACGAAAUGUGCUCAACUUGACCUACUGGCACGCCAUCAUUCUUACCCGACGGCAAUGCCUAUUGAACAACUUCGCCCAGAUCUCGCAGCAGGGGAGACGGCCUAGUAACACCAAUAUGCAAACAAAAGAACGUAUUGAUGAGUGCUUGGUAGCUGCGAUGGACACCAUGAAUACAAUCGACGAUAUGACGCAGAGUGGGCAGAUGUAUCACGCCUUUUGGGUUGCGUACUUUGGCUUCACUGCAGCCAUGGUGCUCUACAUCUACGUGAUUCAGGAAUGGGCAUCUCCACCAGAAACCUACCGCAACUACUUUGCUGCAGCCGCCCGCUGUCAGUCACACAUGGCAACCAUUGCACAAAAGGGCUCGCUUGUGGAGCGAUACUAUCUGGUGCUAGAAGAGCUAAGAGUCGAGGCUUUGCGUCAGAUAAAGCGCUUGCAUCCGACCCUCGGCUUUGGCAGCUCGGGAAUCGACGCGCAGCUAGGAGGCAUCGAGGCCAUGGCGAUGCCUGUUGAUACGAGUCCGAGCACCGCCACAAAUUAUGCGGAAAUAAUGGGUGAAGCAGCAAUCGACUUUAGUGGUAUGGGUGUCGCGGGGAUCGAAGAGUUUUCUGGCUGGGGACAGUUUGCUUCGAUGGUGUCGUCUGGUCUUGGAAACCUCGACAUAUUUCACUACGAUGACACCUUUGGGUUGUGA